UGUGCAAAGUUUGGAAGAGCAAUCUGUUGUGAGAGUGUUAUUUUCUCUUAAGCUCGAGAGAAAUUAUCUGCAAACUGCAAAAUACAGAGAUGGAGCAGACCGAGGUGGUGAAGCCAGAAACUCUGGACGACCUGAUCAAAAUCCUGCACAAGCUCUUCGAGAGUGACAGCAUCAAUGUGGAGGAGGUCCAACAUAUCAUGGAAUCAUAUGAGAGCAAGCCCCAGGAAUGGAAGAAAUAUGCCAAGUUUGACCAGUACAGAUACACAAGGAACCUGGUUGACGAGGGCAACGGGAAGUUCAACCUCAUGAUUCUCUGCUGGGGUGAAGGUCACGGCAGCAGCAUCCACGACCACACAGACUCCCAUUGUUUCAUGAAGCUGCUGCAGGGUCAGCUGAAGGAGACGCUGUUCGAGUGGCCCGAAAGCAAAGCGAAGGGAGACAUGGUCCAGAAGUCACAAAGAAUCCUUCAGGAGAACAAGGUUGCUUACAUAAAUGACUCCAUUGGUCUGCAUCGUGUGGAAAAUGGCAGCCACACAGAGAGCGCAGUGAGUUUGCACCUGUACAGUCCCCCUUUCGAUCACUGCCAGACCUUCGACCAGCGUACAGGCCACAAGAACACUGUCAAGAUGACCUUCUGGAGCAAAUACGGAGAAAGGACUCCAUUUGAGGCCACCGUUUCACAAGAGAACAACUAAAGGUCACCAAAGGAGGCUCCAGACGGUGAAGACAGUUGUAUUUAAAAAUGACAAUGCUAUGAAAUUGAUUGAAGGGAAACUGCUGGGGAGGCGAAAUGUGGACCUACUACGACUAAGCAACCCAUUUAAAAAUCAGAAGCGGGCUGGUUCAAAAGGACACCCCAGUAAUUAGAAUGGCUUUAUCGCUGCCCAGUGUGAGCUUGACAAAUACUGAUGAGCACAGGACGAAUGCAUGAAUAGGCUUGGACAUGGAUUGAGUCUGCCCUUUGUUUGCAGGGCCUGAGAAGACCCUUUCCCAAUAACAACAUUCCUGUCCAUCCACGACCUGUGUAACCACACUUUUGUAAGGUUAUGGCCCAUAGUCAAAGAGUUUUAACAUUUCAAAAAAGGAGGAUAUAUAAUGUUUCUCUUAAAUUUUAUAUUUCAAGAAAACAGUUCUGUAAUCAACAGUUCUGUUUUUAGUGGAGUAUUUUUAUAGCUGUAUUUACUGUUGAUUUAUACCACUCAAAAUUGUCUUAAUGCCUGUUGGAAAUUGUCAUGGAAUGUAACAUUGUUUGUACAGUCUAACUAAAAGAAGAAAAAAAAAGUUUGUUCUAUUUGCAUUUGGGAAAAGAAAUGUAAAGCUUUCAAGUUAUGUUGUUUUUAAAAGUGCGAUGCUUGUAAUUUAUUUGCAGGGUAUCCUGUUCACUGCAGGAGUGUUGAAAUCAGAAAGCUCCUAAAAUGUGUUCAUACUAAAGUUCUGACCAAGAGAGGUUUUGGGGAGGGAAUCUUUUGUAUUAUUAGCAGGCAAUGUGUUUAGAUGAAACUCUUACUUUUUCUCAGGAUUUUGGCAUAUUUUGAUUGUAGCUGUAUUUAUAUAGUAUGUAGCUCUACAGCGUAGCACCUCUCAUAGCACUGUCAAACACAUGCAUGAUUUCUGUAAUGCAGUAAAUGAUAAAUCUGGCCAUAACUGUCUACCAUUAAACACAAUUAUUCUUUCACAUAA